UGCCAGAUCCCACAACAGAAGCCGCCGCCCCAGCCUGGGAGUGUUUCUGCCUGCCUGCCUGCCGCAGACUCGAGCUGCUCUCGCUCGCUCUGCAUUCGGUCCUUGAGUCGCUUUCAGGAGCGUCUGGAGCCAGCCGGCUGGAGGGCGUAGCGCUGUCCGUUCAGCACCACCGAGGAGAAGGAGGGGAGAGGGGGAAAGAGCCCGCUUCUUUGCGCAGCCCUACCUGAGCCGCCGCCCUCUUCGAGCGUGGGGUGUCCUAAAGUCUGGAAACUGAGGUCUAAGGAUGGUGAAACUGGGGAGCAAUUUGAAUGACAAGAACAAGCCGCAGCCGUCCAGCGAAGAUGGUUUUCAGACAGUUCCUUUGAUAACACCUUUGGAAGUAAAUCAUUUGCAGUUCCCAGCUCCGGAAAAGGUGAUUGUGAAAACAAGAACAGAAUAUCAGCCAGACCAGAAGAACAAAGGAAAACUCAGAGUGCCCAAAAUUGCUGAAUUCACAGUCAGUUUCACUGAUGGUGUAACAGAAAGAUUAAAGGUCACGAUUCUCAUCAGCCUGGCUCUGGCUUUCCUUGCCUGCAUAGUGUUUCUUGUGGUGUACAAAGCUUUUACUUAUGACCACAGUUGCCCAGAUGGAUUUGUCUAUAAGCAUAAGCGGUGCAUUCCAGCCUCCUUGGAUGCUUACUAUUCAGCUCAGGAUUCCAACUCCCGGGGCAGAUUCUACACUGUCAUCAGCCAUUACAGCAUGGCCAAGCAAACCAGCUCACGGUCCGUAUCUCCCUGGCUUUCUUCAGGAUCGGUAAACCACGAAACGAAGGCCACCAAGACAGAAGGCCAUUAAAGCUAUUUGGUGGGCCAAGGAUGGAAGGGAAUUGGGGGGAGGGAAGCAUUUUGUCUCUAAAGCAUUGCUCUGAUUCAGAGAGGGCACCAUGCUUUCAUUGUAACAAAAAUAAACCAACUUUAAGUCCAGGUGUCCCCUUAAUGGAUAAUUCUCUCUCUGCUUCUGUCUCUCUCUCUCUCAUCCCCUCCCUUCUCCCUCCUUUGGUGCGUUGUUCUAGUUCAUUUGUAACUAAGUCAAGAUCUUGUACAAAGGCAUGUUAGGUGUUGACUAUAUCCUACAAUGUACAAAUAUUUUUAAAAUCAUUGCUUAAUAUUUGUUAAGAAAAUAAAAAUUAAAAAAAAACCAACCAAACAAACAAAAAAAGCAAAUCCAGAGAACAUUUGCAAAGAAAUGGAAGAAAUGGGAAAAGGAAUUGGAGCUCCAAAACCACACAAAAAUAUGUUAUGGGGUUUGACUAUCAGAAUAUGAUAAAAUAGGCAAACUAAUGUUAGUUGUGACAGACUUUAUGAUAGAUGAUUAUGAUACCCAAAGGUAAUACUCAAUGAGCUGGAAAAAACCCUUAAAGGUGUCUGUAUGUGCACAUUCUUAGUCUAGUCACUCAGUGCUUUGUUUGGAUGUCCAUAGUGCGGUUGCUGCCAUUAAAGUGAAUGGGAAAACCCUAACAUACAAGGAAGAUGGUGUCCAUCAUGGAGCUCCUGAACAUGUGGCAAAACUGUUGGAUCAUGUUGUGGAAUGUUGCAUCCUGGCUAUUCCUCUGUGGUUGUCUGUUCCAUUCCGGAAAGGGAAACAACUCUGUAUAAGUGCAUGCAUGUAACAUGUAUCUAUUGACUGCCAACAAUUUUGAAUAGAGUCUUUCCCCACAAUCUCAAACAUCAGAGCCCAGAAAGCAGAUACCAAGUUACAGCCAAUCAGGUGGCAAAUAAUUCUCUUUUUUCCUAAUACGUGCUCUAGAAUAUAUUAAAAAGCCCAGAAUAAUGGAGUUGGGAGAGGCCUAUAUAAGAGUCCAAACCAUUCUCAGUGCAGGAAUCCAAAUUAAAGUACAUCUGACAGUUGUCUAAUCUUCUCUCGAACGCCACCAGUGUUGCAGCACUCACCAACUCCCUAGGAAACUGGCUCCAUUGUUGUACUGUUCUACAAUUAUACUUUUGCUGAUA